UUCUGUUUUGUAUUUGUGUCGGUGUUGUGUGUUACAUAAAAUAAUUCGUGUUUUGUAGUUUUUUUUUUUUUUAAUGAUAAUUCUGUGUUAAAAUGAAAAGAAAACGAACGAAGCCUUCUUCUAAUAAAACGAAUGAAGAUUCAUUAAAUACUAAUAACAACAAUAAGCAAUCGUUACAAAGUAAAAAAAAAAAUAAUGAAACAGAAGAUUUAAAAAAGUCUAAUGUUAAUGUUCAAGUUAAGCCAAGUUUUAUAAAAACGUUCUUUUUAUAUAUUUUUGAUUGGAAAUGUUGGUUAUUAGGACUGAUUAUAAUACCAUUAUUAAAUUAUGCUGCUUUGAAAUAUGAAAAUAGAGAAUUCAAAUUAUCAGGUGAAUUUCUUGAUUUCAACUGGCAACAGACAAUGUACAUUAGCUGUUUGGGAAAAGGACUUCCAACAGUUAUUAUGGAUUCAUCUACUGGUAUGACAUCUGAUAUUUGGAUACCUGCACAGAAAGAAUUAUCAAAGCUAACACAGGUUUGCAUUUAUGAUCGUCACGGUCUUGGAUUUAGCAGACAACGUUUACAGAAUGUAAAUAAUGUAUCAGAUCCAUAUGUAAUAAAAAGGUUUGGUCAAUUAAGUACUGUUGAACGAAUGGUAGAUGAUUUACAUCAUCUUGUUACUGUAAGCAAACCUUUACCACGUCCAUUUAUUCUUGUUGGAUCUGAAUUAGGUGCAUUAAAUGUUAGAUUUUAUACUCAACUUUAUGAAAGAGAUGUUUCAGACAUUGUUUUAGUUUAUCCAUUAGUAGAAAAUUUAUUUCAUCAAGAUGAUGGAAUAUGGCAUAAUUAUUGGUAUUCAGAUUUAAUUUCUUCCGUAUUAAAGCUUCAGUUGUCUGCUUUUGCUGGAAUUUCCAGAAUAGGUUUAUUAUUAGGAUUUAUGGAUGUUCCUAUUAAAGGAGAACAUAUUGUAGAAGAUAUUAUCAUCAGACAGAAACAUUUCCUGUGUAAUCCACAUCAUUUGGGAGCUGCUUUAGAUGAACAUUAUUUCAUGAAUUACAGUUUUUCUCAAAUGAAGACAAUAUGGAAAUUAAAGCCAUUUCCAGUAAAUGUAUCAGUGACUGUUAUAAAUGGAAAAUUUUAUGAUAAAACACUGCAACCUGAUUUGAAUAAAGCUUGGGAAAAAUCUCAGCAUCAUUUAAUUGGAAAUCUUCAUAAUGGAUGCAAUCAUAUUUCAAUUGCUGAUGCUGAUCAUGAUAUUACUUUCAAAGAACCCUGGAUCAUAAUAGAAUCUGUAAAAAAGCUGAUUCUAGGUUGGAGAAGAAAAUAAUAUAUUUUGAAUACUUUCAAGAAAUAUGCCAAAUGUAGUUACCAUUUCACCCGCUAGAUUGUGCUGAACACGCAGACACUUCAAUCGUGUCGAUGACUCAGCCAGUGCCUACACAGCAACUGUGAAAGUAACGUUGUGCAAGUAGCAGCGGUCAAAUGUAACAUCAUGGAUCAAAGAGUUGUGAUAAAAUUUUACUGUAAAUUAGGAAAAACAGCAUUAGAAGUUUACAAAGAUAUGCUACUUGUUUAUGAGAAUGAUUGUCUUAGUUGUGCACAAGUGUUCCACUGGUUUUCAGCAUUUAAGAAUGGAAGAGAAUCCUUAUAAGAUAAACAACACAUCUGAUGUCUUAUGUCUGCUCGGGUGGAUGAAAACGUGGAAAAAGCCAAGGAAAUUGUUGCCAGUGAUAGACGAAUUACCACCAGAAUGCUUGCAGUGAAACUUGGUGUCAGUAAGGAAAUGGCCAGGUCCAUUGUAGAGAAAGAUUUUUCCCAUUUU